AUGUAUUAAUAAUACAAUCAAAAAAACUAAGUAAAAUUUUGUUAUGAAUUACUCUCAGAAUUAACAAUCCACCAAAAACAAGUGUGCUAUGCUAUUACUUUCAAUCAAAAUAAAUAAUUAGUCUUAGUCUGUUGUGAUCUAAAUAUUAAAGUUUAUCAAUUCAAUGAUGGAUAUUUAAAGUUAAUAUCAAUACUAUCAAAAAGUCGAUUUACUAUCACAGUCCUGAGUUUCUUUAAGAACAACAGAAAGUGUUAAUUUUUAUCAGGUUCGUGUGAUAGUUUUAUAGAAGUUAGAUCAAUAACAUAAUUAAGAAGUCAAAAAUACACUUAGAAAUUGGAUUCACAUAAAAAUGGCAUUAAUUGUUUAGUUAUUGGUUAGGAUUAAAAUAUGUUUUUAUCUGGCUGUGUAGGUUAAGCGAUUAAACUAUGGAGUUGCUUCUAAUAAAACUAACGUAGUUGUCAAUGGUCCUGCUAAUAGACAAUUACAGAUCAUACUAAUUCUGUCUAUACAUUAGAUAUUAAUUCAAAAUAAAAUAAAGCAGUAUCAUGUGGAUAUGAUGACACUAUGUUAAUUAUGGAUAUAAUAAAAAACAUGGAAACUUAUUAAUUGGUUUUGAAAUAAAAGAUUAAAUUACCAAACUUUAGUUAUCGAAUCCUAUUCAUAAAUGAUUCAGAUUUCAUAUUUCAAUCCUAUUCUGCAAAGUUUCUUCAAUUGUUCCAAUAAGAUUAAAAUGAAAAAUAUUUCAUAACAUAUUCUCUACCUGUUUAGUGUAAAUCCUAGCCUUGCAAUAUAUUUUUCUAGCCCUAAUUUAUUUAGUCAAAAGGUUAUUUUGUUUGUAAAAAUAGUUAAAAUCUUAAUUUUGUUUAUCAUAAUCCUGUUAAUAAUGAACUUGUAUUAUUAUAUUCGAUAUAUUUUGAUAAUUAUGAAUAAUAUGGGUCAUUAAGUGAAGAUGGUGAAUAUUUAAUUACUUGGAAUUAGAAAUUAGAACAAAUAGAAAUAAGAAAGUAUAAACUUAUUGAUGAUAAAAAUAAUUGA